GAGCGUGCGCGGCGCGGGCUUGGGAGGGAGACGUCACUUCCUGUUGCCUUAGGGGAACGUGGCUUUCCCUGCAGAGCCGGUGUCUCCGUCCGCGUCCCUGCUGCAGCAACCGGAGCUGGAGUCGGAUCCCGAACGCACCCUCGCCAUGGACUCGGCCCUCAGCGAUCCGCAUAACGGCAGCGCCGAGGCAGGCGGCCCCACCAACAGCACUACGCGGCCGCCUUCCACGCCCGAGGGCAUCGCGCUGGCCUACGGCAGCCUCCUGCUCAUGGCGCUGCUGCCCAUCUUCUUCGGCGCCCUGCGCUCCGUACGCUGCGCCCGCGGCAAGAAUGCUUCGGACAUGCCUGAAACGAUCACCAGCCGGGAUGCUGCCCGCUUCCCCAUCAUCGCCAGCUGCACACUCUUGGGGCUCUACCUCUUUUUCAAAAUAUUCUCCCAGGAGUACAUCAACCUCCUGCUGUCCAUGUAUUUCUUCGUGCUGGGAAUCCUGGCCCUGUCCCACACCAUCAGCCCCUUCAUGAAUAAGUUUUUUCCAGCCAGCUUUCCAAAUCGACAGUACCAGCUGCUCUUCACACAGGGUUCUGGGGAAAACAAGGAAGAGAUCAUCAAUUAUGAAUUUGACACCAAGGACCUGGUGUGCCUGGGCCUGAGCAGCAUCGUUGGCGUCUGGUACCUGCUGAGGAAGCAUUGGAUUGCCAACAACCUUUUUGGCCUGGCCUUCUCCCUUAACGGAGUAGAGCUCCUGCACCUCAACAAUGUGAGCACUGGCUGCAUCCUGCUGGGUGGACUCUUCAUCUACGAUGUCUUCUGGGUAUUUGGCACCAAUGUGAUGGUGACAGUGGCCAAGUCCUUCGAGGCGCCAAUAAAAUUGGUGUUUCCCCAGGAUCUGCUGGAGAAAGGCCUCGAAGCAAACAACUUUGCCAUGCUGGGACUUGGAGAUGUUGUCAUUCCAGGGAUCUUCAUUGCCUUGCUGCUGCGCUUUGACAUCAGCUUGAAGAAGAAUACCCACACCUACUUCUACACCAGCUUUGCAGCCUACAUCUUUGGCCUGGGCCUUACCAUCUUCAUCAUGCACAUCUUCAAGCAUGCUCAGCCUGCCCUCCUAUACCUGGUCCCCGCCUGCAUCGGUUUUCCUGUCCUGGUGGCGCUGGCCAAGGGAGAAGUGACAGAGAUGUUCAGCUACGAGUCCUCGGCGGAAAUCCUGCCUCAUACCCCGAGGCUCACCCACUUCCCCACAGUCUCGGGCUCCCCAGCCAGCCUGGCCGACUCCAUGCAGCAGAAGCUAGCUGGCCCUCGCCGCCGGCGCCCGCAGAAUCCCAGCGCCAUUUAUGAGGAGUCAAAUCCUAAGGAUCCAGUGGCAGUGACAGAAUCCAAAGAGGGAACAGAGGCAUCAGCAUCGAAGGGGCUGGAGAAGAAAGAGAAGUGAUGCGGCUGCUGCCCGAGCCCUCAGGGCCAGACCAGACAGACGGGGGCUGGGCCCACACAGGCGUGCACGGGCAGAGGGCGCAGGAGGCCGAGGGCAGCUCCAGGACAGGGCAGGGGGCAGCAGGAUACCUCUAGCCAGGCCUCUGUGGCCUCGUUUCCCUAUCCCUUUCUUGGCCCUCCUCUGCUCCUCCCCACACCCUGCAGGCAAAAGAAACCUCCAGCUUCCCCCCUCCCCGGGAGCCAGGUGGAAAAAGUGGGUGUGAUUUUUAGAUUUUGUAUUGUGGACUGAUUUUGCCUCACAUUAAAAACUCAUCCCAUGGCCAGGGCGGGCCACUGU